GGAGGCAGUAUUUCCCAAUAAUGAUCGUUUACCCCACCGAGGAAGACGAUCGCGCAUGCGUAAAUCGAAGACACCCCGCGCAUGUCCGCACUAAAAGUAUCACUUGCAGUUUUUUUGGGGACCCUUGACUGAACGGCCUCCUCACCACCUAUGGCAGGCGCAGUCACCCAGGCUUCAAUAGGAUGAAUCCCAACAAGGACGACCAGCCGUCUACUUACAAACGUGUGGUGCUGAAGAACGCCUGUCCAUACCACUACAUGAAAGUUUGCCUUGAGCUGGAAGACAGUUCGACCAGACUGAGCGCCGUUGACCUGAAGCACUUCAUCAUCACCGGCUUGAAGAUUCUCUUUGGAGAGGUAGGAGCGGCUUUACAUUUUGACCUCUUGAAGUACGAUGAAGACACUCUAACUGCUCUUCUGCGAGUGUGCAGCAGAGGUUUGGUGAAGCUGUGGAGCUCCUUGACUCUGUUGGGCUCCUACAAGCAGCAGAAGUGUGCCUUCAGAGUUCUGCAGGUGUCUCCCUUCCUGCUGGCGCUGACAGCAAACAGCCGAGAGCUGCAUCUGGACUGAGGCCAGAGACGCAUGUUCUCCUUUAGGAUGAGGUCCACGUGGUGUCGAGUCAGAACUUGGCUGGCCGCGCCUCCUCACCGCCAGCUCCAC